AAGCGUCAACUUUGUUGUUGCGUCUUCCUCGGUCCAUGUUGCUGUGAUUUACCAGCUGUUUGCAUAAAAUCAGUCACAUCUUGCAGCGAUGGCAGGAAAGAGCCAGCAGCUCGGCGAGUCUGUAGUGAUCCGCAGCCUCAGGCGCUUCAGAGACGCGUAUUUUCCAAACCGUGCGAGAGUUGUCAGAAAUGACUUGAUGCCUGUGGUAGACACGGAAGAAGAAACUCAACCGGGCUUUUUGGACAUCUUACCGGUGGACAUACAGUUCCUGAUCAUGACAUUUCUGUCUCCUGCUGAUAUCUGCCGCCUGGGAGCUACCAGUCAGUACUGGAGGGCCUUGGUUAGAGAUCCAUUACUCUGGAGAUACUUCCUGCUCAGGGACAUGCCAUAUUGGCCCUCCAUUGAUCAUGUGACCAUGCCCCAUCCGGAGUUGUUGGAUGCACUACAAAUACCACUAAUUAAUGAAGAUGAGAGCCUGGACGAUAGAGAAGAGGGGAAGGACAAUGGGAUGGAAUUGAAAUUUGACUACAUGUCAGAAUACCUGAAAGGCUGCCCAUCCUGCAGACAACAACGGUUUCCUUUGCGGCCGGCAUCUAAUGUUGUGACCUCAUUUCUUCAGUCUCUGGUGACCUCAUCUGAACCACGUUAUGCCAUGUUUGGCCCUGGCAUGGAGCAGCUGGAUGUCUCUUUAGUGACAACGCUCAUGUAUGCCCCAGAGGUGCUUCCUGUGAUAAGGCCACAAAGACAGAUAGAUGGUAUUGGCUCUGGGAUAGGUUACAUAUUCAACUACCAACACAAAUUUACUAUCCUGACUCUCUACUCAACCAAUAAGGCAGAGAGGAAUAGAGCCAGAGUGCAGCAGCAGAGCAUCAGCAAUAAACUCUUUACCUUUGAAGGAACCGAUGACUCAGGCUACCCAAUCUAUAGCCCUGCACCACAGGUCCAGCAGGUGUUCAAAGUUGUGGAUGGUUUCAUCUAUUUGGCCAAUGCAGAGCCUGGGAGAGGUGAGGGGGAGUCCGAGGUAGCUCAGAUUCGGGCUGUGCUGAGCGCUGCUGGGAGUUCAGUAUCUCGGCCUCUGCUUGUGCUCUCCUGUGUCUCCAGAGAAGAACCGGAAGCAGACAGUAUGACCAGCCCGCAAACUGUUACUAACAGAAACAGGGCGAGAUGUCGAACUACCUGUGUUGAAAUGGCAAAGCGACUCGGCUUGCCCCAACUGGCUAACCCCUGGAUGGUACAGGAUACAGUAGCUGAAUCCCUGUCAGGUCUUCGGGAUGGCAUUUCCUGGUUGCUGAGAUGUUCUGGAGUCAAACUCAAUGAUAGCUAGUGACUUAACUUUGUCAUUGUUAUGUCAUCCUGACACCAAGACACACUACAGCAUAUUAUAGCACGAUGAAUGUACUGUAUACUACAUGUGCACUGAAUGUUUCAGAGUGGGAGCACUGUCUGCGGAUAUUAAUGAAUUGGAUGAGCAGCAGGGAGAACAUCCAAUAUGAACCAUAUGAAGUAGUAAAUAGUAGUAGCCAAGAAGUAGAAGUAUAUGUUAGUAUAAGUUAAUUUAUGCACCAUAGCAUGAAAUAGGUUUACAGUUUGUGAGCUGCUAACUAAUCAGGUGGCCCAGUGUUUGGUUUGAAAUGGGAUGGAGAUUGUGAAUCUUUUAAAUGUUUUGCUUUGUUUUAUAAAUGUUUAUAUUGACAAAAUGU